GGAGUUUUUGGGCCACCUCAUCACUGACGCUAGCGAUCUGGCUGUUGGCGCAGUAGUGUUACAAGACUUCGGAGAAGGCCUCCAACCCAUCGCCUACGAGUCACGAAAACUGAACCCGGCCGAGCGAAAUCAUCCUGUCCACGACAAGGAGUUACUCGCCAUUGUUCACGCUUUCAAAGUCUGGCGCUGCUACCUGACGGGCACUGACGUAAUAGGGAGGAGUUGGAUGAGGGGCCAGAGGAGGAGGUGGAAGAUGAGCUGGAGGAGGGGAACAAGGAGGGGAGAGGAGGGGGGGUUGGUGGAGCAGAGGUCGAUGAGGAUUUCUGGUAUGCAUCAGAGGGUGAGGAGGAGUGCAACAGCGGCGGAAGUGAGUCAGACGAAGACGAGGAGUAGCAGGUGGACCAGCAGCAGCAGCAGCAGCAGCAGCAGCAGCAGCAGCAGCAGCAGCAGCAGCAGCAGCAGCAGCAGCAGCAGCAGCAGCAGCAGCAGCAGCAGCAGCAGCAGCAGCAGCAGCAGCAGCAGCAGCAGCAGCAGCAGCAGCAGCAGCAACAGCAGCAGCAGGAGCAGCGUCAGCUGCAACAACACCAACACCGGCAGCAGCAGCGGCAGCACAUGGAGCAGUUGGGUGCAGCAGAAAGAGCAGUAAGAGUUCUAGCAGCAAGAGUGGCU